GAGGGGGGGGGGGAAAACAAAAGAAAACUAACAAAUAUAUAAUCAGCAAUACGAAUUCAACAGCAGGGAGGAAAAAAGUAGUACUGUGUAAAAAAAAAGAAGCUUCAUCUUUUUGCCGACUCCACCGUCCGUUAUUUAAAAAAAAUUUAAAUGUUAGGGAAAGAAAAAAAUGCCGAAACAUUUCGUGUGAUUUAACAACGGUUCCUGGGGUUUUUUUUUCCCCCGUGAAGAGCGGAGGCUUUCUCUUGAGAGACGGUGGAUGAAUCGUUCUCUCUUUAUUGGAUCGAGAGGGGGGAAUUUUUUUAAAGGUUUUUUUUCCUGACAGGGUUUUCUUUUACGGGUGUCGGGAAUGUGGAAGGAAAGACGGUUGUGAGGUGAUUUAGGAUGUGGUUUACGCCGGAGACGCCGUUGUACUUGAUCUUUCAUUUUCUUUAAUUAUUUUCACCCCCCUUUCCGUCCUUAUUUUUUUCUCUGCUGGCUCUUGGUGCCCAUGGACGAUCGACCUAGAAAGCCUGGGCCUGGCCGUAGGCCUUAGGCUCUCUCUCUCCCUCUCUCUCUCUCUCAGACUUAAGCGAUAAGAAAUAGAAAUUGUUUGAGCAAAGAAAAGCUGAGCGAGAGGCUAAGUCAACCGAUCAGUUCGCGAGGGUUUGUUUCUUUUUUUUCUCCCUCUACGUUUGGGGAGGGGAAAAAAGUUGAAACGUGUAAUUUUUAAAUUGGGGAAGAAAUGGCAGAGAAUCUCCUGGACGGACCGCCUUCAGCCAAGCGGCCUAAAAUCUCCUCCCCAGCUCCCCCAGCCAGCGAUGGCACAGAUUUUGGACCCUUUUUUGAUCUUGAGAAUGACUUGCCAGAUGAACUGAUCCGUUCAGAUCCUUUAGUACUGACAAAUGGAGGUGACUUGGCUCAGCUAAGUGGCGUUGGCAUGGUGCAGGAUGCUGCCUCGAAGCACAAACAACUGUCAGAACUUCUGAGAGGCAGUGGUUCUAGUAUCAGCAUGGGACAUGGAACAGUCAGCACUGGUGGUGCCUCAUCACGAUCCAUGGAUAGUCCAGUUCAGUCCGUAGGCAGCCAAAGUCAACAGAAUAGUCCCAGUAUAGGAAGUUUAAGUAGUAUGGUGAAGAGCCCACUAACUCAAGGUGGUCUUACAUCCCCUCCCAAUAUGGGGAUAGGAGCAAGUGGAGCAAACCAGAGACCUACAACACCACAGUCUGUGAACCCCCAGAAACAUGAUCAGCUUCAUACGUCUGCAACAGGUCUAAUGCCUGGUGUAAACAGUCCAACCAACCAGGCAGGGAUGAGCAUGAAUGCUAAUAUGAAUCCAGCUCUGAUGAACAGUGGCAAUGCUCAGGGCAUGAUCCAGGGACAAGUGAUGAACGGUUCUCUUGGUGCUGGAAGGGGAAGACCUAAUGUACAAUACUCAAGCCCAGGCAUGUCCAACACAAACAACCUACUUGCUGAUACAUUAUCCCAGGGAUCACCUCAGAUGGCAGCUGGUCUCAAAGGACCCCAGCCUGGGGCAAUGAGCAAGAUGGGAAUUAUGGGAACCCCAAGUCCUUAUGGGCAGCCUUAUGGCCAGAAUUCUAGUCAGACUCUGGGUACCAGUGGACUUGGCCAGCAGAUGCAGAAUAAGGGUGGACUAGGAAACAGCUUGCCUCAGUUUACAAUGGACAAGAAGCCUGCUGGCAGUGUGGGGAUGCCAAACCUGCCACAGCAACCUUCUCCAGUGCAACAAGGAGGCAUGGGGCAGCCUCCAGGGCAGGGGAUGGGUUCUGCACCCACAGCAGAUCCAGAGAAACGAAAACUCAUCCAACAACAGCUGGUUCUGCUCCUGCAUGCACACAAAUGCCAGCGUCGGGAGCAAGCAAAUGGUGAGGUACGGCCCUGCAACUUGCCACAUUGCCGGACUAUGAAGAAUGUCCUCAAUCACAUGACGCACUGUCAGGCUGGCAAAUCUUGUCAGGUUGCACAUUGUGCUUCAUCACGUCAGAUCAUCUCCCAUUGGAAGAACUGCACGAGGCACGACUGUCCUGUCUGUCUCCCUUUGAAAAAUGCUGGGGAUAAGCGCAACCAGCAGUCAUUAUUAGCUGGUGCAGCAGUAGGACUAGGAAACUCAUUAGGGUCAGUAGGGGUUGGACAACCAACCACACCAAGUAUAAACACUACCAGUCAGAUCGACCCAAGCUCCAUAGAGAGAGCCUACGCAGCGCUUGGACUCACAUAUCAGGGUAAUCAGAUGCAGCCUCAACCUGCGCUGCAGAACCAGCAAUCGUCUCAGUCUUCACAGGGGCACCAGUCUCUACGGUCAAUGAAUACUAUGGGUACCAAUCAAAUGGGUGUAAAUGGAAAUAAUGUGGGUGUGCAGGCCUCCACCCAGCAGUCCAGUUUACUGCAUGACGCUAUGUUGCUGCCAUCCAUGACUCCAAACCAAAUGUUAAGUGAUGGCACAGGUGUUAGCAAUCUAAAUGCGGUGCCAACAGCAACGCCCCCCUCGAGCACUGGCAUUCGGAAAUCAUGGCAUGAAGAUGUCACUCAGGACCUUCGCAAUCAUCUUGUGCACAAAUUAGUUCAAGCCAUAUUCCCAACACCUGAUCCAGCAGCAUUAAAGGACAGACGAAUGGAAAACCUGGUGGCUUAUGCAAGAAAAGUUGAAGGUGAUAUGUAUGAGUCUGCCAACAGCAGGGCUGAGUAUUAUCAUCUGCUGGCUGAGAAGAUUUACAAGAUUCAGAAAGAACUUGAGGAAAAGCGCCGCACUAGGCUUCAGAAACAGGGUGUGAUGCCAAACCAAAGUGGUCUAUUAUCUACAGGAGGAGCCCAGCCCCCCAGCAUGACACAGCUGCAGACUGGACUCCCUCCAAAUGGACCACUUUCUGACCCAACCCUUAUGCGGCCAAAUGUGCCAAGUCAGAUCAUGAACCGGAUGCAGACCCCAAGUGGAAUGAAUCAGUUUCCGCCAAUGAGCAGCAUGCAGAUGACUGGUUUGGGACAACGCUUAAAUCCUCCAUUGCCACAUCCAGGACAGAUGACGCAAACAGGACCCAUGAAUCAGAUGGGAUUAACCACUUCCAGAAUGGCACAGCCGAUGGCUGCACAGCAUCCUAGCCAGAAUCAGUUCCUGACCCCAAACCAGUUUCCCGUAUCCUCUCCUGGAAUGAACACUGGCAGUACCACCAUGACACAAGCCAGCAACCAGCCAGUGAUGUCUCCGGCUCAGAACACCUCAUUACCUGUCAACAGUUCUGCUUCCAUGCAGCCAGGAGUCCAGAAUGCUCAAUUCAGCUGUCCACCACCUCUUUCUCAGCCUUCGCUUCAUCAGAAUUCUCCAUCCCCUGGACCAAGAAGUCUCACACCUACCCCUCACCAGACACCACCUAGCAUUCCCCCUCAACAGCGGCAACAGACACCAUCACCUAAUUCGCAACCACCAACGAUGCCGCCGCCUCCUCAAGUUCAGACACCACCUCAAGCGCAGCUCCCCCCUCCUCCACCAGUCCCCCCACAAUCCCAGGUAACAGCUGGGCAGAAGCAGCAGCAGCGAGAGCGGGAACAGCAGCAGCCUCCACCGCCCCCAACAGCACAACAACAGAAUGCAACUCCAUCAACGCCUACACCAACUGCACCAGUACAGCCUCAACAUCCCACUACUCCUCUUUCACAGUCAGCAGUGAGUGCAGAUGGCCGAGUAUCGACCCCAGCAUCAGUCAGUAGUACAGACACAAAUUCUCAGCAGACUGCUCCUGAAGCACCAAUGUCCGAUGUAAAGAUGGAGGAAAAGCAAGAAGAGGAAGAAACUGAGCCAGAAACUGUGGAACUAAAACAAGAAAUUAAACAAGAGGUGAAGGAAGAACCAGCAAUAGAAGAGUGUAAACAGGAGCCAAUGGAGGCUGAUGAGAAGAAACCAGAGUUGAAAGGUGAAGUAAAAGAGGAAGAAGAUACUACAAAUUUGGCAACGCAAUCAUCCCCUGCGAGUGGACAGUCACGUAAGAAGAUUUUCAAGCCAGAAGAACUGCGGCAGGCACUAAUGCCAACACUGGAAGCACUUUACCGUCAGGACCCUGAGUCACUUCCUUUCCGUCAACCUGUGGAUCCUCAACUCCUGGGUAUUCCUGACUACUUCGACAUAGUGAAGACACCAAUGGACUUGUCUACGAUCAAGCGCAAGCUGGACACUGGCCAGUACCAGGAGCCAUGGCAGUAUGUAGAUGACAUUUGGUUGAUGUUCAACAAUGCCUGGCUAUAUAAUCGCAAGACGUCACGUGUGUAUAAGUACUGUACAAAACUGGCAGAGGUCUUUGAGCUGGAGAUCGACCCUGUCAUGCAAAAUCUUGGAUAUUGCUGUGGUAGAAAGCUGGAAUUUUCUCCACAAACCCUCUGUUGCUAUGGGAAACAGUUAUGUACGAUCCCUCGGGAUGCUACCUACUACAGUUAUCAAAACAGGUAUCACUUCUGUGAGAAAUGUUUCAAUGAGAUCCAGGGAGAAACUGUUUCCCUGGGUGAUGAUCCUUCACAGCCUCAAACGACUAUUUCAAAGGAACAGUUCUCAAAGAAGAAGAAUGAUACACUGGACCCUGAAAUAUUUGUUGAAUGUUCUGAAUGUGGUCGGAAAAUGCAUCAGAUCUGCGUCCUUCACCAUGAAUUAAUUUGGCCCUCAGGUUUUGUUUGUGAUCCCUGUUUAAAGAAAACUGGGAAAACAAGGAAAGAAAAUAAUUCUGUGCAAAAAGUAAGGUUACCAACCACUAAGCUGGGUGUUUACCUAGAAACUCGUAUUAACGACUUCCUCCGCAGGCAAAAUCAUCCGGAGGCUGGCGAGUGCACUGUUCGGGUGGUGCACAGUUCAGAUAAAACUGUGGAAGUCAAGCCAGGAAUGAAGGCGAGGUUUGUUGAUAAUGGAGAGAUGGCAGAGUCAUUUCCUUAUCGAACAAAAGCUUUGUUUGCCUUUGAAGAGAUCGAUGGUGUUGAUGUGUGUUUUUUUGGCAUGCAUGUGCAAGAGUAUGGUUCUGACUGUCCUCCACCCAAUCAAAGACGUGUGUACAUAUCAUACCUCGAUAGUGUACAUUUCUUCCGCCCUCGAUGUCUGAGAACAGCUGUCUAUCACGAAAUUCUGAUUGGAUACUUAGAAUAUGUAAGAAAGUUAGGAUACACAGCAGGGCACAUUUGGGCUUGUCCUCCAAGUGAAGGCGAUGAUUAUAUUUUUCACUGCCAUCCACUGGAUCAGAAAAUCCCCAAGCCCAAAAGACUGCAGGAGUGGUACAAGAAGAUGUUGGACAAGGCAGUGUCGGAGCGAAUUAUUCAUGAUUAUAAGGAUAUAUUUAAGCAGGCAACAGAAGACAGACUGACAAGUGCAAAAGAGUUGCCAUAUUUUGAAGGUGAUUUUUGGCCUAAUGUGUUGGAGGAAAGUAUCAAAGAGUUGGAGCAAGAGGAAGAAGAGCGCAAGAGAGAGGAAAACAACACUUCUAGUGAGAGCACUGAUGGAAAAAAGGGAGACAGCAAAAAUGCAAAGAAAAAGAAUAACAAGAAAACAAGCAAGAAUAAGAGUAGCCUGAGCCGAGGUAACAAGAAGAAACCAGGGAUGCCCAAUGUGUCUAAUGACCUCUCCCAGAAACUCUAUGCUACCAUGGAAAAGCACAAGGAGGUGUUUUUUGUGAUCCGCCUGAUCGCGGGUCCUAACUCAAACUCACUGCCAACCAUCCUAGAUCCUGACCCACUCAUUGCUUGCGACCUGAUGGAUGGACGUGAUGCCUUUCUUACACUGGCAAGGGACAAGCACAUGGAAUUCUCAUCAUUGAGACGAGCCAAGUGGUCAACCAUGUGCAUGCUGGUGGAGCUUCACAACCAGGGCCAGGAUCGCUUUGUAUAUACAUGCAAUGAGUGCAAACACCAUGUGGAGACCCGGUGGCACUGCACUGUUUGUGAGGAUUAUGACCUCUGUGUCAACUGCUUUAACACUAAAGGACAUGAACACAAGAUGGAGAAGCUAGGCCUUGGCCUGGAUGACGAGAGCAACUCGCAAGGUUCAGAAGCUAGCACUGGAGAUUCAAGGCGCCUGAGCAUACAGCGUUGCAUUCAGUCACUGGUCCAUGCCUGCCAGUGCCGCAAUGCCAACUGUUCUUUGCCUUCCUGCCAGAAGAUGAAGAGGGUGGUCCAGCACACCAAGGGAUGCAAACGCAAGACCAAUGGCGGCUGUCCAAUCUGCAAGCAGCUUAUCGCGCUCUGUUGCUACCAUGCCAAGCACUGCCAAGAGACCAAGUGCCCUGUGCCGUUUUGUCUCAACAUCAAGCACAAGCUUCGUCAGCAGCAGCUACAACACCGUCUACAACAAGCCCAGAUGCUACGCAGGAGGAUGGCCACAAUGCAGCGAGGCGGUGUCGGACAGCAAAGCCUCCCAUCUCCAAGUGGCACUGCUCCCACUACUCCAACAGGACAGCAGCCGAGCACCCCACAGACACCUCAACCUCAACCCCCAGCUCCACCACAGCCCCAGCCUCCGCCCCAACCCCAGCCUCCGCCCCCAUCUAACAUGCCUUCCUACAACAACAUGGCAAGAAGUCAACCACAAGCCCCUAUACCUCAAGGCAAGCCAACUGGUCAGGCAGCAACUGCAACUCAAGCUACACCACCUGUUCAACAUCCACCACCAGCAGCUGCAGUGGAAAUGGCCUUGCAGAUUCAGAGAGCAGCUGAUGCUCAGCGUUUGAUGGCACAGCAGCAACCUUUCCAGCGGCCUGGAGUAAUGAAUCCUCAUAUUGCGCCCAUGAAUCAAAUGCCUGGAAUGAGCAUGAACCCACAGCAGUCACAGAGAGGCCCCACUCAUACAGAUCAGGGAAUGGGACCAGCCAGCAUGCAGCAGGCACCGUGGGGCCAAGCUGGAAUGGCCCAGAGUCAGCAGCAUCCACAAGGAAUGCAAAGACCAGUCAUGCAGAUGACCCAACAAGCCCUGCAAAUGAACAUGCAACCCCAGCCGCCGCCACCCAUGUGCCAAGUUACAUCAGGAGUGCCUCAGCCCAAUCGAGGUGCCAUUCCCCAAGGAGCCCUGCAGGACUUACUGCGGACUCUCAGGUCUCCGAGCUCCCCUAUGCAGCAACAGCAAGUGCUCGCUAUUCUCCGCUCCAAUCCCCAGCUUAUGGCCGCUUUCAUCAAGCAGAGGGCAGCCAGGUAUCAAGGAAGUCAGGGUCAGGCAGGUAUGCAGGGGCAGCCAGGGAUGCAGCCCCAGCCAGGGAUGCAGGCUCAGCCGGCUCUUCAGGGACAGCAAGGCAUUCAUGGCAACCCAGGCAUGCAGAACAUGAGCCCCAUGCAGUCUGCAGUUCAGCGGCCCAGCAUGCCUCAGCAGCCACUGCAGCAGCAGCAGCAGCAGCAGCAAAGCAUGGGUGGGAUAAAUGCACAAGGACAGUCCAUGAACAUGAGCCAUCCCAGUAUGAAUUCCCAAUUCCGGGAGCUUUUGAUGCGAAGACAGCUCUUGCAACAUCAACAGCAGCAGAAGCAGCAGCAACAGCAGCAGCAGUCAAACCCUGGCAUGGCUGCUGGUAUGGCUAAUCAGUUCCAACAGCCUCAAGGAUCUGGUUACCCCAUGCAACAGCAGCAGCAGCAGCAGAGGAUACAGCAUCAUAUGCCCAUGCAGCAGGGAACCAUGGGGCAAGUGGGGCAGCCCAUGGGACAGAUGAGCCAACUUCCGCAAGCAGGAAUGGGGGCAGAGGGCACUUCUAGUCUCCAUCAGGCCCUCCAGCAGCGAAUUCUCCAGCAACAGCAGAUGGGUUCACCAGCCCAGUCCAACUCCAUGAGUCCGCAGCAGCACAUGCUCCCUGGUCAGGCCCAGUCGCCUCACCUCCAGGGCCAGCACCCAUCCUCUCUCAGCAACCAGGUACGGUCUCCGCAGCCCGUGCCUUCACCACGCCCGCAGUCCCAACCACCUCAUUCCAGCCCCUCACCCAGGAUGCAACCUCAACCAUCUCCACAUCACGUGUCGCCACAGACUAACUCCCCACAUCCGGGAAUGGUAGCUGCCCAGGCAAAUCCAAUGGAUCAAGGACAUUUUACUGCUCCGGACCAGAGUGCAAUGCUUUCUCAACUUGCUAACCCUGGAAUGGCAGGCUUACAUGGUGCCGCCAGUGACCUUGGCUUGGGUUCUGACAACCCGGACUUAACAGGCACAAACAUUAAUCACAAUACACUAGACAUCUUGUAGCAUUUUGGGAGCAAAUUCUCAUUUUUCGUCUUUACUUAGGGUUUUUGUACUGAAAAACAAUUUUGAAAUUUCUAGGGAGGACAAUUGUCCCAGAAUUCAACAAACUGCAAUUUAUUGAGAAAAAAAAACUGAGGGAUGAUAUUAUACAAAGAAUAUAUUUUUUGUUAACACUGGUCGAUGGCCAGUCCUUUUUUGUUUUUUGUUUUCCUAUUCUGUUAUUUCAAUUGCAGGUUGCCCAUACCUACUUUUUUUUUAAGAAAAGGAGAGUUGAAUUCAUAUUUUUAUUUUCUAACUUCAAAAAAUCUUGUAAACAUUUGUCCAUUAAUGCAAAGCAUUUCACAGAAAAAAAUACAGCCUCUGUUUCUGUAUACAUCUGUUCUUUUUUGACAGCAGUGGAUUACCAUACCUCUUGUGUAUCCCCUUCUUCCCUUAAUUUUUUUUCAUUUCUAUACAAGGGUUUGAACAGAAAUUUCAAAGUAUUAAUAAUUUGUACAGGUAGAACGAAAGACUAUUGCACAAACUGGCAGCUGCCAAACGUCCUGCGGAUGUAGAAUAUUGUGGGGUUUUUCAGUUUAAUGGUGACAUUUUACUUUUUAUUUUAUUUUUUUGGUGAGACUAUCGAAGGAUCCUUUAAAAAGACUGUGUGGCUGAUUUUAUUGAACACAUCCCUUGGUUUUUCCUCUUUCAGAGUUCUGUGUAAAACUUGAAAAUGGGCAAGCAGAAAAAGAGAAAAAAACCUAUCCAGAAACGUGUAAAUCAUGCAAUUUAUUGAUAAUUACUUAUAAAUAUGAACUUUGGAUCACUGUAUAGAGUGCUAAAAUUGAUUUCUUUCUUAUUUACCAUAUUGUUGAAUAAACUGUGUGCAACAGCGACACUGCCUGUUUUUAAUGGAUGCUCUCUGCAUACUUUGGUGCUUCUCAGGAGAAAGAAAAAUAAAAUUGUAUUUUCUUUU